GGUGAAGCGGAAUCCCAUCAGCUACCUCCAUGCCAAGACAGCUUAUACAAGCAUUGCCGGCGAGCCAACUAUCAAGCGGCGAUAUGGAAAAAUUCUCUACGAAAUAACGACAUUCCAUCCCCAGUUGGUCAUGGCUGGUCUCUUGUGAAUGACGGAGCUCAAGAGAGAUUGGUGAUAGAUUGGAUGAGUGGACUCCUGGCACCAACAGCUGUAAUAGAGCUUAUGUCAUGUAUGUGCAAGAAGGCCUGUAAUGAUGGUUCAUGUGACUGCAUUCGAAAUGGCUUAAAGUGCUCCGACCUUUACCGCCUAAUAACUUGUUCUAACCAGCCAGAUGAAGAGGAGGACAUCCAGGUAGACCUGGAUGAAGAGCACGUUGACUUUGACUGA